UACGCAUAAAUCAUUCAAGAAGAAUCAUCCCGGAAAACCAGAACCAAAAAAUUCUGGCGAAAUUCCGGUUACCUCUGCAUCUACUUCCGGCAUUUUCUUGCCGGAUGAUCCGCCGGAAUCCUUUUUUUCGGAAACCCUAGCCGUUGAAUUCAUCUAAUUAAUCCUGUUCAUUGAUCCAAUGGUUGGAAAAUUGGAGAUGGGUCGGAAUUCUGGACAAUGUUUUGGCCGGGGACAAUUGAUGGGGAUUUAUAGCGUUUCUGUUGAUUAAUUAUUUGAGGUGAAUUUUGAGGUGUUUCUGGAUUGGUUUUGCGGUGUUUUUUAUGUGUUGAGCGUUUAAUUGGGGAAACGAGCAAUGGUGGGUCGAGAGGUAGGUUGAGCUCGUCCUGAAAGUUGAGCUUUGAGUAUGGAGGAGGCCAGUGUUUGCAGGGAAGAUGAAUCAGGUGGCCGAGAAGGUGCCAGAAAGAGUUCGUGGAACCCUAAGCAGGCAAUUUUCCGGCCAUAUGUUGCUCAGAGUUCUUCUAAGAAUUUGCAGAAGCCUGGAAACUUGCGUGUGGUGGUGAAUAGACCAUUGGUUGUCAGGUUGACCAAGGACUUAGUUGAGACUUAUCAACUAUGUAAUCCUACGUUCAAAUAUUGUGUAUCAUUCAAUCUGAAACGGUACCUUACAAAUCCGUCAACUGGAGUUCUCAAUGAUGGCUUUGAUAAUGCAAAUUCUGAUCUAAUAUUGUUCGUGAAUUUGGUGCUGAUCAAUUCAGAGUCUAGAAGUAGGUACAUAGUCAAAGAAAUCCUUGGCCAGGGAACUUUUGGACAAGUUGCAAAGUGCUGGGCCUCUGAGACCAAUAGCUAUGUUGCAGUUAAGAUUAUUAAGAACCAGCCUGCAUAUUACCACCAGGCACUUGUUGAGGUUGCCAUAUUGAAAUCGCUAAAUGACAGAUAUGAUCCUGAUGAUAAGCAUCAUAUUGUUCGCAUGCUUGACUGUUUUGUUUAUCAAAGUCAUUUAUGCAUUUCUUUUGAAAUGCUUGGGGUUAAUCUAUUUGAACUUAUCAAAAUGAACCAAUACAGAGGGUUACCUUUGACCAUUGUGAGGGAGUUUUCUAAACAGAUAUUAGAAGCGCUGGUUGUAAUGAAAGAUGCUAGUAUCAUACACUGUGAUUUGAAGCCAGAAAAUAUACUUGUGUCAACAUCCAGCUUGCAAGCAGCAAUCAAACUUAUUGAUUUUGGGUCAGCCUGCUAUGAGACUCAGACUGUUUACUCUUAUAUUCAGAGCCGCUACUACAGAUCUCCGGAAGUUCUUCUUGGUUAUCAAUAUACUACGGCCAUUGACAUGUGGUCUUUUGGCUGCAUAGUUGCAGAAUUAUUCUUAGGGAUGCCAUUAUUUCCAGGAGCUUCCGAGUAUGAUCUUAUCAAGCGAAUGAUAGAGACUCUUGGGGGACAGCCCCCUGAUCAUAUGUUAGGUGUUUCAAAAAACACUAACAAGCUCUUCAAGUACGUCAGUUGCCUUCCUUAUCCCGAUGAUGAUGAAGCCAAUCACGGAAGCCAGAGUGGAUAUCGACUCUUAACUGAAGAAGAGUAUGAAGCAAGGGAGCUUAAAAGACCGGUAUUGGGGAAGCAAUACUUCAGUUAUGUGAAGCUUAAGGACAUCGUUAAUAGAUACCCCCUUAGGAAGAACAUGCCUGAGGAAGAUAUCUCCCGAGAAAAGUUGGCACGUCUGUCACUGAUCGACUUCUUGAGGGGCCUUGUUGAGUUUGAUCCAGUCAAACGGUGGACACCUUUACAGGCUGUGCUACAUCCCUUCUUGACAGAAGAACCUUUUACAUGCCCAUACAAGCCUCCACCAGAAUCUCCUCGCAUACCUGUUUGUCAGGCCUUGGGAAUGGGGCACACUCAGGGAACCGGGCAUUGGUUUGAUUCUGCAUUCUCUCCACAGGUCUCUACCUUAAGUAAGGGUCCCCUGCACAACAGCCCGCACCGUCAACCAGCACUGUUUACCCAUCCCAGUAGCUAUGGCAGUGUUGGGAGCUACGGAAGCUAUAAUGAGAGUGGUAAUCUUGGUAGUAGUUACGGCAGCUAUGGGGACAAUGCUAUAUAUAUAGGUUAUUCCUCUUUUCGUCCAUCUGGAUUGAAUAACCAGGCUCAAGGAGGGCAAGCAAUCCUCGGUGCCAGCCCAGAUGCUAGGUGGCGAAUGUCCCAAGUUCCUCAUGGGACUGGUUUGGGCAUCAGUCCAGGCAAUGGGAAUAUUAGGCCAAUGUCUUUGGGGGUGAGCCCCUCUCAGUUUACUCCACCAAGCUCCCAAAUGCAAGCAAUGCAAAUAUCAGCUUGUUCUCCUGGUCGAUAUGGCCCCACCUCUCCAGCAAGGGGAGGUGUCCAUGGAUCCCCUUUAGGCAAGGCAGCAGCCGUUGCUCAGUAUAACAGGAGAAGAAGCUUGGGUUAUCAGGGCAAUAUGGGCAUGUCUCCUCAAGAGCAUCGAACUAUGUCCCUUGGUGAUGGUUCAAAUUGUCAUUUGGAAGGAAACUCUUCUAGGGCAUAUAUAGGUUCAUCGCGUGGCAUGCAAGCUGCUUCUAGCUUGAGGCUGCAGAAAGGAGCAAAUGGGUUCUCCCAAGGACACACUUCUUUCGGCCAUCAAAAUCCGCCACUGUCAUGUGGCUUUGUCUCUCAUGGGCCAUUGUCGCCUACCUCAGAGGCAUCUUGUGAUAAGCCUGAAAGCAGUUCACCACCUCCUGAUCCUGGUGAUUGGGAUCCCAAUUACAGUGAUGAUCUGCUUUUGCAAGAGGAAGGUUCUGAUUCAAGCUCUUUGAGCUCUGCACCUGUUCUUGGUGGGCGCCCUAGCCAUCCUCCGAGCUCUACAUUUCUAACUGGAGCUAUCAGGCCUCACCGCAGUGGCAACCACCCACCAACAAGUACAAGCUCCAGUUUUCCUGAUCAAAGAGCAAAUGGACCUUUCCAGGCUUAUGGCUAUGCAGAGGGUUUUCCUCCACUUCCUUACAAUAUGCAAGCUGGUUAUGGCCAUCUAAAUUCAAAGCCUCUACAUCACAUGCCUCUUUUAGCUCCUCAUAAUUCCCCAAGCCGUUUGGGACAGCAAACAAGCCAUCAUUACCAGCCCAUAUUGAAUCCACCAUUUGCUAUUGACGAAAGGAUACAGUUAAGGGGCCCACCAAGCUGGGCCUCUGUAGGCCCACAAUCCCCUGGAAGGAGUCCCUUUGCAAACGAUACAUCAUGGGGGCGAAGAGCUGGGCAUCCAAUUACCACUAUUCCACCUACAGCUCACGGAAGAAACGAAUAUGGAAGGAUUUCUUAAUGUGGCGUGCAUGCAAUCAAUCAAAAAAAAAUUUGGCGGGUGACCUCUGGAGCAUUAAUAGACAUGGAAGCAUUGCUUAAUGUGCCAAGCAAUCAGAAAAGAAACAAAAAGAAAAAAAAGGAAGAACAAGAAAUGGGAAAAGGAAUGUGGCAGCCAACUUGGCACCCACACCUCAAUAUCUGCAUUCUUUGUUGGCUCUGAAAAUUUGUAACCACUGAUCCAUCUGCCUUGCCUUGUACCACCUAGGAAAGGGCAUUUGUUUCUUCUUGUUAAUGCAAUGUGCCUCUUAAAGUUAAUGGAAUGGUUAUGGUCUCAGUGCGUUAUGCUCUAUUGUUGUGUUCUGUUUUUGUUAUUUAGUGUUGCAACAGUGAAAUCAAGUGUCUUUUAAAACAAGUCAAAGAGGGAAAUUAUAAUA